CGAAUUUUCACGCAUUUAGGUUAUGUGAUAACGCAGACUGUAAACCGUUGUCGUAGGAGAGAUAUUGCUUUUAUGAGAGAACGCAUCGUCUACAUAAAUGUCUUUGUUAUCGCAGGCGUCGGUAAAACAUCGCUGACACAUUUAAUAUGCCAGCAGCAGCCUAUCGGCAAUCCUUCCUGGACGAUAGGUUGCUCGGUGGAGGUCAAGUUGCACGAGUACAAGGAGGGCACGCCGAAUCAGAGGAGAUACUUCGUCGAGCUGUGGGACGUCGGCGGCAGCCAGAGUCACAAGAACACGAGAUCUGUGUUUUACAAUCCCACGAACGGCAUAAUAUUAGUCCACGAUUUAACGAAUCGUAAAUCACAGCAGAAUCUGCAGAAGUGGCUGGAGGAGGUUUUAAGUAGGGACGGAACUUCCUCAAGGUCCAAGUCGACGUUCGAGGACUUUGAUCCCGAGAAGUUCGUGGGCUCGACGCAGGUGACAAAGAUUUUUCCAAGCGACUGUGAUAUGUCAUAG